AUGGUUCCCACGACGUCACCUAAAGAAACAAGCCCCUCCAGUUAUCCCCAGAGCCCGACGCCGUCUAGUACCCGAAAAACAAUCAGCAGCCCUAGAAAAGAGCUGAAAAAGUCCCACUGGUUUUUCCGCCGCCUAGCUUCUGAGUGGCACGCCUUUGUUCUGAAGCUCAAGGAUCUACUGGAGCCCCAUACUUCUGGAGACGAAGCCCUCGACUCCAUCUUUGAAAGCAGCGACGACGAUUUCAUUGGACGCAGUCCUGGAAAGUACGGGCAGGUAACUCAGAUCGAGUCCCAGUUUUUGUUGGACUACAAGAAGCAUCGCACUCUUGAGAAGGUCUACGAGGCGCAUAUAGCCAAGGAGAAAAACAAAGGUGGGAAACAGUUCACGCACCAGUGCAUCGAGAUUCAGCCACUACGAUCCAGUAUGCUGGCACAGCCUGUUGUUCAAAGUAGUCCCGAGAGUGGCUUCACUCAUCCUUUCACGCAAAACGCCAUUGGUAGUCCCAAGGCGAGUGGAUCAACGAUCAACGGAGCAUCUGGAACAAAAAGCACGGUUGCAACACUUGGAAGCAACGGUGUCAACUCCGAUAUCAAUGGCGCAACCUUGGCUUCUUCUAUAGACUUUGAGAACGAAAGAGUGUCUUCGAAGACAGACGUGGUCUUGAACUUCACCUCACCGCAGCGCCGCCGGUCGACAUGCAACUUGGGCGAGAAGCUUUGGGAGGAGAGACGGAAUCGAUGGCUUGAAACGUCGCUUGACAAUGCUGAGCUAGUGAGCCAGAGACAGUCGAGACUGAGUUUGGCUCAUAUCAACUCAAAGUUGCACCCACAGAUCUACACCAUGUUCGUGGAGAAGUCCAAGCCUUUGAAGAAUGGCGCGCGGAUCAACUUAGAAGAUUUGGUGUCCGUCAUCAAUGCGGGUUGGACCAAAGAUGCCAAAUGGGACCGUGCUGCGAGAGGUUUGCCAUAG